AAAAUGAAUCUAAUUCAUCAAACACUUCACGUAAAACUUCUUGGCCAUCUAAUACUCCAGGUACACUUGUGAGACAUCUAACUACAAAACACUAUAGUAAAAUUGGAAAAGUACAGAGUACUUUAGAUAAAUUUGCACCUAAACCAUAUGCAAAAUCAGAAAAACGAUAUCAACAACUUACAAAUACAAUUGUAGAUUUUAUUGUUUGUUGUCAACUUCCUUUUGCUAUUGUGGAUAAUCCAUAUUUUACUACAAUGUUAAAUACUUUUGAUGGAUGUUACCAAGUGCCAUGUAGGCAAACUAUUAAAUCAGAAAUAAUAAACAAUUAUAAUAAUAUGAAAAAAAAAAAUUUACAAGAACUUUCACAAACAAAAAAAUUAUCAAUUACAUGUGAUAUUUGGAGUUCAAUUACAAUGCAAUCAUAUCUUGGCAUUACACUUGCAGCAGCUAGAGAACUUAAAAUAAAAUUAGAAAAUCAAGAAUUUGUUCAUCAAUGUUGUGCUGCACAUAUUUUAAAUAUUGCAGUUCAACAUG